AUGCCAGGACUGCUGGACAUCCUGUACCCCUGGCCGGUGAUUUCGAUCCUCAUCUCUCACCUCGGCGUCGGCGACCUGCUGCAGCUCUCCCGCGUAAACACGCAGUGCAGAGCCGCUCUACAUGGGUUCCCUCUUCCCGCCGCGCCUCCUGCUCCAGAACCAGCAGCGCCGGUGGUGCGCCCUGAUAUCUUCGUCGGGCUGCAUCGGACGCCCUACUGGACGGCCCUGAAGGCGAUUGCCCAGAUGCGUUGCUCGGAGCCAAAUCACCGUAAAGGCAAGCAGACUAAUCUGUGUCGGAAUCCUUUGCACAAAACACGAGCGCCUACCGCACCCGCACCCGUCAUCUCUGCAUCGACUGCUGGGCCACUGGAACGCCUCACCAGGGCCGCAAUUUCCGGCAUCCGCCCGAGAUGUCGACGUCGUACAAUUUCCCUCCCGGCCAAGGGGACUUUUGCCGCUGCACGGCCGGCGACGGAUGGAUCUGCGCCCGCUGUCGCAGGAUGCAGUGUGAGGACGUGGAGGCGCAGCGACAGCGGUGCGUCGGCGAGGGGUGUACCAAUGCGGCUGGGGUCGACAAGGAGCGUCGCAGCGUUGUCUCUGGUGCGAUCUACCGGUGUCCGGGGUCAUGAUGACGCGCACGGAGAGAUGGCAGGAAUAUGGACAGCGUUAUGUCAACUCGCCGCGUUACUUUUGACCAGCAGUCGAUGCUACGGAUUAAGAUAUGGCAUGCUAUCUGAACAGUAG